GCAGCGACAUGGCUACCGAUGAAUCUGCGUGAACGUCUUCAAAAUCGAUCGAGAUACAUCCUCGAUGCUUAACGUGUAGCACAAGACAGAGUUUUUUUCUACGCUAUUAGAACCCAAACAAGGUAAUUUGGACAAUCAAUCACCGCUGUGAAGAUCAACUGUGGGGGAGACGCCCUUCUAGUAACGACCUGCAAUCAUGCUCAGUCCCAAAAUGCAAAAAACUGUAAGGGUAAACGACUCCCAGCUGAUCAUGCUCUCAGAGAAAGCACAUUACGAUCAUUCGUUGUCAGGAUAUUUGUACAAACGGACAGCUGACUCCACCAAAUGGCAACAACGAUGGUUCGUCCUCUAUCAGAAUCUGCUAUUCUAUUAUGAGAACGAAACUUGCUCACGACCCAGUGGCGUCGUUCUGCUGGAAGGCUGUUAUUGCAAUCGACUCAUCACUGCUAAAGGCAAAGAACCAGAUAAACAGCACUGUUUCGCGAUAUCGUACAGGAGGGAGAACCAACGGCAAUACGAGUUAAAAGCGGCCACAGAGACGGACUGCAAAGCGUGGAUCGAUGCGAUACGAGAAGCUAGCUUCAACAAAUUGUUGCUACAAAAAGAGGAGCUCGAGCAGAAGCACUUGCACCUGUUGCAAAUCGUCGAGAGCGAGAAAACAGCCAAGUGGCAGUACACCCAGCAAUGCGAGGACUUGGCGUCGGAAAUAAAAAAGCUUCGAGCGGAGCUGUGCGCUCUAAAAAAGGAGCUAAGGCCCUCCGUAGUGUCGAUGUACACCAGUCGACCGGCGGUUCAAAGAACCAUGUCGCAAGGUACCGGAAGUUUAUACAAUACAUUCCAGCCGUACGGUAGCAGUGCUCAUGGUUCCGCCUGCUUCGCUCCCGGAUUACGUGACAUCACGGAGGGCUCCAUCGAAAUGCAAAAAGUCAAGAAGGUCCAGAGCUUCUUCAGGGGCUGGCUGUGUCGACGACGUUGGAAGCAAAUUGUGGAACAGUACAUCAAAAGCCCGCACGCUGAGAGUAUGCGCAAGCGAAACAGCCUGGUAUUCCAAAUGGUGGAAGCCGAGGAGGAAUAUACGGAGCAAAUGGAAAUUUUAGUGAGCUGUUUUCUGAGGCCUUUCAAGAUGGCUGCUAGUUCAAAGAAACCCCCAUGUAGUCACGAGGAUGUGAAUAGCAUAUUUUUGAAUAGCGAAACCGUUCUGUUUCUCCAUCAAAUCUUUUUGAAGGGUCUCACUUCGCGUAUGGAGAGCUGGCCCACUUUAGUUUUAGGUGACUUGUUCGACAUGCUGCUACCGAUGUUAUCCAUAUAUCAGGAAUACGUGAGAAACCACCACUAUAGCCUUCAAGUGUUGACUGAGUGCAAGCAAUCGUCACCGUUCGUGGCGUUGCUCAAUAGAUUGGAGAACAAGACUGCCUGCCACGGACGAUCCCUGGAGACCUUUCUAACGUAUCCCAUGCAUCAGAUUCCGAGAUAUAUAAUUACUUUGCACGAGUUAUUGGCGCACACGCCGUAUGAUCAUGUGGAACGUAAGAGUCUCCAGAAUGCCAGGCAACAGCUGGAGGAUCUCUCGAGGCAAAUGCAUGAUGAGGUCAGCGAAACUGAAAAUCUGAGGAAAAAUCUAGCCGUGGAGCGAAUGAUCGUCGAAGGGUGCGAUAUUUUAUUGGAUGUCAAUCAGGUCUUCGUCAGACAGGGUACGCUCAUACAACUCAUAGACAAACCGCGCGGUGCGCGAAGCAGAUUAAGCGCUACUUUCGGCGGCAAAGCCGCAAGCGACAAAGAGGCCAUCAGACAGUGCUUCCUUUUCUCAAAUCAUUUGUUGCUGACGACGCGUCAAUCCGACGAUGACGGCCGUUUAAAUCUGGUCCCGCAGAUCGGCAAGAUACCCCUUUCCGAUGCGGUGCUAAUUGAAGACCCGAGUGACCAGAGUGUCACAGAUGAUGAUGGAAUGUCAGUAUGUUCGAUGUCAAGCGGCAUUAGCGAGAGCAGCGGAAGCGGUAGCGGCAGCGGCACUUCCCAAUUGCAGAAUCGCGAUUUUAAGAUUGUACUCGACAUAAAAUCUGGUGGACCGCAGGUGACUGUUCACUUAGUGGCGCCUACCAUACAAGAAAAAGCAGCGUGGGUCAGUGACAUCAGCCAGUGCAUGGACAACGUUCAUUUCAACGAUUUGCUUCACGGAUCGUUGUCGGAUACCAGCUCCGUCACGAUGCCGCAGUCUAUACGAAACGAUCCGAAAUUAUUCAAGGAUGAUGUGGACAUCAGAUUCAGCCGUACCUUGAACUCUUGCAAGAUACCGCAGAUCCGUUCCGCGACGCCUGAGCGCCUGUUGCAGCGACUGACCGACCUCAGAUUUCUCAGUAUCGAUUUUCUCAACACGUUUCUGCUGACGUAUCGAGUAUUCACCGACGGCGUCACAGUGCUGGAGGCCCUCAAGAAAGUUUUCUAUGAUGCCGAGCCGCCUGACGCACAAAUGCCCACUGGAUCCCUCGUAUCUCUAGACGUAUUAGGAGCAAAUGCAAGCGAAUCGCAAUCGUAUUCCGAGGAUCGAAGAAAAAGUAGCAUUUCACCGAGACGGACUAGUGGUGCAAGCUCGGUAUCAGGAUAUGGAUCAGAAGUGAGCGAUAGCCGUGACGCGAAAUCCUUAGACGCUAAUGCGAGUGGAUACAAUUCGAAAAGUCAUUGGCGCUCUGGUUACAAAAAGCUGGAAGAGGAACAACCUCUUGGACUGAUCUCCGAGGCUCCGGUAAUAAAACGUAGCCCAACAUCACAAGCGUCCAGUCCAUCCAGCUCAUUGCAAUCUCCAGUCAUGCCGCGAAAAAUUAGCAUUCGCGUAGAUAACAAGGACGAAAACGAUGACGGAUGUCAUUUAACAAUACCGAAAGUAAUAGCCGUGUCAUCCAGUUCCGAGACGCUCACAGAUGUUACAGUAAUGAGUGCACCGUCCUCGCCGAGUAAUUUAAGCUCCGUGACGCUAGUUGGUUCAACGGAAUCAGGAUCCGGAUCUGGAUCCGGAUCAGAUCCAAGUCCUCAAGAGGGAGGUACUUAUUCACGUCGUAUCUCGGAAAUUGAUACUCCUGUGACGGAAGAAAAUGCAAAAGAAGUGCAAUUUACUUAUGACGACAUACCGUCAUCGUUGCAAUCAGCCGAGUCUACCAAGGCGGAUACGCCAAAAACACCGAAAACGCCGAAAACGCCGAGGACGCCAGAAACGCCAAAAACGCCGAGAACGUCGAAAACACCGGACACGCCGAAAACACCGAAAACACCGGACGUGCCGAAUACGCCAAAAACACCGGACACACCGAGAACACCGAAAACGCCGAAAACACCGAAAACACCUAUAUCUCCGUUACGAAAGGAAAUUAAAGAAUAUAAAGAAGAAGCAACUACAUCGUCGAACGAUGACGAGAGUGUGAUGUCUCCUAAACAGCAGAAUCAGCAGCAACAAUACUCGGAACAGCAUAGAGCAUCGGUCGCUUCCGCUCCAGCAUCCACUGCAAGGAGCGGUUCGGUCUCCACCAUAACUGGCAAUUAUUGGUCAAACAGGCGAUCGAUGCAUGACGACAUUUCCUCACAGCAGAGCAACUUUCAACAUGACGCUCAGGUGUCCAGUAAGGCUGGUGUGGUGAUAACGAGCUUUCGGCAGAGUCAUCGAAGCAUUGGACCUGAACCUAUCUGGAGCAGCACGUCCACGGCGGCGACCGCAUUUGCUAUCGCGACCUCCGCCUCGAGCAAUCCACCGGACAAAGGACCCCCUACCGCAAACGAUGGGAAUAAUCGUGGUCGGGAUAAGAAUAGACGCAAGGAAUCGGUAAUGUCGACCGCCGCGACAAUGAGGGUGUUAAAUGUCCUGAGGCACUGGGUAUCCAAACACGCUCAAGACUUCGAGAUGGAUCAGAACUUGAAGACUAUGACGAUCGAGUUCUUGGAGGAUAUCAAUUACAGCCCCAAUCUAUUACCGGCCGAACACAAGGCGGCCACACAACUUUUGAGAUUAAUUACCAAGGAAGAAACUGAGAGCAACAAAGUUGACCUGAAGAAACUGCUGACUCCGCCAGCAAUUCCAAGUAAGGAGAGUAUUGAGACGUUGUCUGCGCUCGAGAUCGCGGAACAGAUGACAUAUCUGGAUCAUCAUAUAUUUGUUUCUAUUGCCAGCGAAGAGUUUCUUGGACAAGCAUGGAUGAAAACGGACAAGGCGACCCGCGCGCCCCACAUUCUUCUCAUGACGAAGAGAUUUAAUGAGGUUUCGCAGUUGGUUGUUUCCGAGAUUAUUCGUCGCUCGAACAUGUCGGCCAGAGUCGCGGCUAUCGAAAAAUGGGCAGCCGUCGCCGAUAUCAAUAGGGUUUUGCAUAAUUACAAUGGCGUACUACAAAUUUGCGCGGCGUUCACAAACAGCAGCGUGUACAGAUUGAAGAAAACUUGGGACAAAGUUUCGAAAACGACAAAGCAGACGAUAGAAAGACUACAGCACAUCGUCUCAUCCGAUGGGCGCUUUAGAAAUUUGCGAGAUGCCUUGCACCGAUGCGAUCCACCCUGCAUCCCUUAUCUGGGUCUUUAUCUCACUGAUCUCUCGUUCAUCGAAGAGGGUACUCCGAACGUCACCGAGGGUCUUUUGAAUUUUUCGAAAAUGCGAAUGAUUUCUCACGUGAUUCGCGAGAUACGUCAUUUUCAACAAACCCCUUAUAAGAUCGAGUUAGUCACCAAGGUAACCAACUACCUGCUGGACACGUCGCUCCUGCUGAAUGAAAAGGAUCUGUACCGUAUGUCCUUGGAGCUCGAGCCCAGAACGUCCAGGUUGAGUAGCUCUGCUUUAAUUGAUCUACCCCCUUCGGUCAGCAACGUGUCUACAAAAUAAAUUUAUUUUGUCCCGAGAUAUCGUAAAGCGACACAACUCUAUCGUCAUUUCAUAAUAAAGGAGAAAGGGAAAUUUAAAUUCGAAGGGAAAUUUAAAUUCGAAGGGUUUGUCACGACCGGCCGAUCGUUUGCGAAUACGACUCGUCGUGUUAUCAGCCCCGUCCAUUGCUGCCCAUCUUCGCUUAUAACGUAACGUCCGUUAACUUCUGUUGUCAUUUUCGUUUUACUUACUAUCUGUGCAAGAGUUAAAUAAAUAAGCUCGACAAUGAUCUCAUUUUUGCACGGAAUUGAUCUCUGAUUUACGGAAAGAAAUUUAUCAUUGUUAUUUAUUAAUUGUUUAUCAAUAGAUAUAACGAUUGCAGAAAACAAAUAGCAAAAUUGAGUUUUUUUUAUAUAUUAGAACUGCUAUCUUUUAAUUAUUUAUGCCCUGUUACUACCAUAUUGUGAGAUAAGAAAUGUCCUGUUUUAAUCGUAAUCCAUUGCAUUGGAGAGAGCUGACAAAAAGAUUGUACAUUUUAGCAAAAAUUAAUUUAAUAGUAAUACGAGUGUAGAUGCCGGAAAAUUA